AUGCCGAAGAGCAUGGCCUUCCGCCCGAAACGCGCCGCCGCCCCUGAGGACGAAGCACGCGCCGGUAACGCUAAAAGGGCUCGAUCGGCGCCAUAUCCACCAGGAGAUGCAAAGACUCAGGGCAGCACCCCGGCAUCAUCGCGCAGGAGAUCGUCCGCAAUCAACCCGAUUAAAGGGCCCUCAUCUGCAUACGAGAAGGAAGCUGAGGCCGCCUGGGUCAUUGUCUUCCAAACACCGAUGCCGAACGACCUUGACUACGGUACCUACCUCAGCACUGGAGGCGAAGGUAUCAUGUGCGGCACAAAAGCUCAGAAAGGACAUGGGCAGGACCUCUUCACCACGCGUAUGGUCUUUUACUGGGCACUCGACCGAUCUCACAGCUUUAACUCCGCCCACGUGCAGACCCGCUGGCUUAUACUCAAGAUCACGAGCGCGCUCGAGGCGGGCGACUCUGUCUCCAAGAUCGAUGCUGCGUACUUCGAGGCCUUUCGGGAGUCGAAAGAGACUCCUCACUGCUUCUUGAAGAGAGAGGCAUACAUCCGGUUGUGGAAGUACUCUGACGAAGAACAUGUGAUUCUCUCCGAGUCCCUUGUAACCGAGUUCAGCAGGCGGUUGUUGGGACUGGUCCGCGCAGUUGGUGCAGGCCAGGGUGCAAAGCUACGCAGUCGGGAUGUCCCAGAAUCACAGCUCACUACCUUGCACGGACUUUUGGGCCGCCAUGCAGAGCUUCAGACUGCUACCUCAUCAACCGGACCAUCUCGUGCCGGCGCUUCCGGUCUAGCACGCGACCAUGUGAUGUACAAUGGAACAGAACCAGCAGAGUCCGGAUCCCUCACCUUCUCCGACUGCCUCCAAAGGCUCGAUGGAUGGGCCAGCACGAGCGCAAUACCAAACCACGACAUGUACUUCGCUCGAGAACAUGCCUAUCGGGAAGCAAUGGAGGCAGCUGCCAGAGGAAAGGCCGAGUGGGAGGGCAGCCGCGCUUUAGCCGUGGAUGCUGCAACGGCACGCUGGGGACCGGAUGGCUUCACGGUCCACGGAGACAGAAUCAUCUCCUCGGUCAACGCGAGCGGCGCCGGCUCCGAAAUGCGAAUCUCCGACUUCAAGCCCAGCCGCGGCGAGCGGGACACGCUUGAAGUCGUGCAAGAACUGCUGGCCGAAUUGGAGGCUGGAGAAGCUGCGGAGGUUGAAGAGCUGUCCCGGCAGUUCGACAGAACCAUGAACGUGAUUACGGAGCAAUCACGACUUGGCAGUAUCACGGAUGCGUUGAGCUCGCUAGGGGUGUCUGAUCCGAACCCACCGAAGACACAGCAAGACUUGGGUGACGAAGAGAUGGAGCGUGAAAUGCUCCAUGAGAUGGCGAAGCUGGAUGCAGAGGAAGCACACCAGAAGAUGUUGGAGACUGAAGGCUCGAAGAGCAGGAAAGGAUGGCUCCGAGCGCCGAAGUUCAACUUUGACAAACUGCGCAAGAUCGAUGAGGCGGAAGAUUAA